AGACCCAAAAGCCCCAGCACCUCCAGGCCUCUCCCCGCGCUGCAAUGGACCGCACCGUGGUGCUCAUCACCGGCUGCUCCUCCGGCAUCGGCCUGCACCUGGCCGUGCGCCUGGCGUCCGACCCGUCUCGGAGCUUCAAAGGUAACCCGAGGGGACUGGAUGGGAGAGAAACCAUCAGCCCAGGCCCAAAGCGGAUGCGGGGGAAGAAGCAGAUGGAGCAAACAGCGAGCGGAGACCCUUCUUCUCCCACCCUGCAGUGUACGCCACCAUGCGGGACCUGGCGGCGCAGGGCCAGCUGCGGGAGGCGGCGCGGUCUCGGGGCUGCCCCCCCGACGCGCUGGAGACUCUGCAGCUGGACGUGAGGGACGCAAACUCCGUGGCCGCCGCCCGGGCCCGCGUGAGCGAAGGCCGCGUGGACGUGCUGGUGUGCAACGCGGGCCGGGGCCUGCUCGGGCCGCUGGAGGCGCAGACGGCGAGCGCCGUGAGCGCGGUGCUGGACGUGAACGUGGCCGGGACGCUGCGGGUGCUGCGGGCCUUCCUGCCGGACAUGAAGCGGCGCCGCGCGGGGCGCAUCGUGGUGACCGGCAGCAUGGGCGGCUUGAUGGGUGAGGAAGGCGCGAAAGGCAGGUCCGGCGGGAGGGACGCGGUCUUCCCACGGCGCCCCGGCUUCUGGGGCGGGGUGCCGUCCCCGUGCCCUCAGCAAUCUUCUCUCCCUCUAAGGGAUGCCCUUCAACGCCGUUUACUGUGCCAGCAAGUUCGCGCUCGAAGGCCUGUGCGAGAGCCUCGCAGUUCUGCUGCUGCCCUUCGGCAUCCACGUCAGCCUGGUGGAGUGCGGCCCGGUGCGCACCGCCUUUCAGGAGAAGCUGGAGGGCGGCCCCGGAGGGGCGCUGGAGCACGCCGACGCCGAGACCCGAGAGCUCUUCUCCCGCUACCUGUGCCACUGGGAGGGCGUCUUCCGCGAGGAGGCGCAGGACCCGGAGGAGGUGGCCGAGCUUUUCCUCACAGCCCUGCGCGCCCCGCGGCCGGCGCUGCGCUACUUCAGCACCGAGCGCUUCCUGCCGCUGUUGCGCCUGCGCGUGGACGACCCCAGCGGCCGCGCCUACGUCGCCGCCAUGCACCAGGCUGUGUUCUCCCACCUGCCCGCCGACCACCCGGAUGGCGCCCAAGGGAAAGCCGGAGCCAGAUAACCCCGAACCCCCGCUGCCCUGCAAUAAAGCCUCAGUCAGCUGUCCCGCUCGUGCUCGCCUUUGAAGGGGGGGAGGGGGAGGUUGGCACGGAGGCAGCAGGUGGGGCUGCACUGCGCUUGCAGCCUUGGGGAGACCAGAGGUCUCAGCCGCUAUCACUGCCAGGGUCACACCUUCCAUCUCUCAGAUCCGGGAUGACAGCGCCGCGCCCCCUGGACACCUAGGGGCGGCUCCGGCGGUAGGGGGCUAGGUACAGGUGCGGGGAGUCAGGUGGGACAGCCGGCAAGUUCCUUACCUCCUCCAAGUUUGAUACCUACGUCAUGGACAGUGAUAAGGGUGAGCUAAGAUUUUUGUCUGAAAAGUGUUGAUAUUUUUUUUUUUCUUUUUGCAAAGCCGGGUCUCACACAUGCGGGAUUUCACUGCUUUUGCAGAUAUUUUCAUUCAGAGAGAAAGGGAGAGACACUCAGUACCAGAACUUCCUCUGGUGCCAUGUCACUCCCAUGUGGUGCCAGUGUUUAAACCUGGUGGCCAGCAUGACAAGAGUCUUAGGUUCCCUCCCCGGAGAGCUCUCUCUGACCCUAGAAGUCUUAAAAACAGCCAACUGCUAGAACUACUAUGAGUCAGCCUGGGAGGGAUAGGAUCUUGCAUGCACAAGGCGCUUGCACUGGGCAAACACUGAAAAUCUCAUACAGUUCCAUCGCUUCAGAUAACAUAUGCUGAUUACCACCUUCUAAAAUUUCCCAUAUAUGCCUGGGAAGUGGCACAAUGGAUAAAUUUUUGGAGCCUCAAGCAUGGGAUACUGAAUCUGAUCGAGCAGUGCAUAUGUCCAAGUGAUACUCUGGUUUUCACCCUCCUGCCCCAUUAAUAAAAUCAGCAGAUCCUUCUGAAAAUCCCCCAAACAUGUUCAACUGUGUUGUCUCUCACAACUUAUAUUUUGCUAACUCACUACUCAGCAUCUCCACAUGAUGCCUAACAAUGUUUCCAACCCCCAAAGUCUGAUUUCCAGUCUUUCCCCCUCCUCCCCAUCUUUCCCACAUCAAUAUGUGAUGCUACAA